CAGGCAGAGGAGAUGAAGAUAGAAAAUAGCACAGUGGUGACAGAAUUCAUCCUCCUUGGUCUGACCCAGUCUCAAAAUAUUCAACUCCUGGUCUUUGUCCUGAUCUUAAUUUUCUACCUCAUCAUCCUCCCUGGCAAUUUCCUCAUCAUCUUCACCAUCAGGUCAGACCCUGGCCUCACAGCCCCCCUCUACUUCUUUCUGGGCAACUUGGCCUUCCUGGAUGCAUCCUACUCCUUCAUUGUGGCUCCCAGGAUGCUGGUGGACUUCCUCUCUGAGAAGAAGGUGAUCUCCUAUAGAGGCUGCAUCACUCAGCUCUUUUUCUUGCACUUCCUUGGAGGAGGGGAGGGGUUACUCCUUGUUGUGAUGGCGUUUGACCGCUACAUUGCCAUCUGUCGUCCUUUACACUAUUCAGCUGUCAUGAACCCUAGAACCUGCUAUGCCUUGCUGUUGGCUCUGUGGCUUGGAGGCUUUGUCCACUCCAUUAUCCAGGUGGCCUUCAUCCUCCGCUUGCCCUUCUGUGGCCCAAACCGACUGGACAACUUCUUCUGUGAUGUGCCACAGGUCAUCAAGCUGGCCUGCACAGACACCUUUGUGGUGGAGCUCGUGAUGGUCUUCAACAGUGGUUUGCUCACCCUCCUGUGUUUCCUGGGGCUUUUGGCUUCCUAUGCAGUCAUCCUCUGCCGUGUACGUGGGUCUGCUUCUGAAGGGAAGAGCAAGGCACUGUCCACAUGCACCACUCACGUCAUCAUUAUGUUUCUCAUGUUUGGACCUGCUAUCUUUAUCUACACUUGCCCCUUCCGAGCCUUAUCAGCAAACAAGGUGGUUUCCUUUUUCCACACAGUGAUCUUUCCUUUGAUGAACCCUGUGAUUUACACCCUUCGCAACCAGGAAGUGAGAGCUUCCAUGAGGAGAGUAUUGAGCCGGCAUGUGAUUUGUUGA